AUGGUCACCUUUGAAGGUGUCAAGGUGUCACUAGAGGGGUUUGGAAGUUGAGCGGAGGUGUUAAUGGGGGAAAAUAGAUCAUUAUUGGGAAUAUUAACACAUUUUAUUUGAAAGGCUCAUCACUCGAAAGGUCAUUUUACUUUUGGGAACUUCCUGAAAAUCGUCCAGAACACUCCUGGAUGUACCAGAAGAAGGCUAGACCUGCAAAAACUCCUCGUUUUUGAAAAAGGAAACCUCAAAGUCAACGAAACCACUAAAAAUCUGUAAAAAUAGGCCAUUUUGAGGCUUCAAGCCCUUGUUUCUCGAAAGCUAGGAAGUUGUGAAGUUUGAGAUUUUCAGAAUCUUCUACUGGUACGUCAAGGAGUGUUCUAGCCAAUUUUCAGAAAAUUUUCAAAGUGAAAUGACCUCCCUUGUGAGGCACAUCAAAAUUUCAACCGGGGGAGGGGGGUUAAAAAAAGGGUCUUGCUCAUAAUUGGAAGUGGAUUCGGAAUCGGGCUGAACUAAGGAUUUUUGAGAGAGUUUCGGAAUUUCUGGUUUCUUUUAUUUUUUCAAAAAAUCUUUUAAAGAAGGUUCAAUUUUUAACAGGGGAGUUUGAAAAUGAAAAUAUCAAAUUUCGAAUUUCUGAACUUGACUUUUUCCGAAGAAAACCGUUAAUUUGAAUUUUAGUCCUUUUGGAAAAAAAACCUUCUUUUUUUGUAGUUUUUUUUUCAAUGAUAUUGGUAGAUCAAAUAGAAAGACCAUUCCCGCGAAAAUAAACCAGUUUUGACUAACAUUUAAUUUUUCUCAGUUUCAGAUUUUCCUUUCCUUUUUUGUACACAAUCAUCUAUCAAUAUCAAAAAUAGUGAUCAUUUCAUUUUUCAGAUGGUUUUUCUUAUGCUUUGGCAGCUGAUUUUCGGCUUUUUUCCCAACUCAUUUUGAACUAUAGUCCAUUCGCCGCGACUUGAAACUUUCUGCCUAUCUGCGUCUCUCUGUUCCCUCACCGGCGAGGUUAGAGAAACAUGCAAAUAGCACGCAAACGUGAGAGCGUCGCCGGGAGAAAAAGAGGGCGCAGAGAAAUCUCUGCCCUUUCAAGUUGUGGCAAAUGGACUAUAUAAUUAUUUAUUUUGAACUUUCUACAAAUCAAGCCUUUUUUUCAGCUUCAUCUCCAUGAACUAAAUUUUUUUGCAGCUUCAUUAUUUUUUUCAUUUUAUAUUCUUUUUCCAUUUGUGACCCUUAUUCCGAAAAGAAAUAAAAUCUAACUUUUCCACCAGUUUUUCUUCUCUAGAAAGUCAAAUAUUUUUCAGUUCCUUCACGAAAACGACAUCAACAUCGAGUCGAUCGUGGCCAAGAUCAUCAAAUUCAUAUUUUCUUGCUCAAAACCUUCUCGAACCUUGGUAACGCGAACGGGACGCGAAUCGGACGUGUCGGGGCAUUUCUAGUGACCACUUUAGUAGCCUCAGAACUCUUAAGUGAUCCCUUGAAUCGCCCAGAAACGUCCGGAGCACGUCCGUUUCGCGUCACCAUUAUACCGUCCUUCCUUCGAAUAUAACAUAAGUUCGGCCUUUUUUCAGUUUUCCGUUCCAAAAUCCACGAAAAUGAACUCCUUCAACAUCGAAACCAUCGUCGCCAACGUCGUCAAGAAGUACAACAUGCAGAAGGCCCAGAAGACGACCCUGGAGCAGUGGGAAGCACGUCUUCAGCUUUUGAAAGAAGACGUGCAACCAAGAAGUCCAGAAUGGGUUCGAGAAACUGGAAUUCUAUGUGAGUUUUCUAAUAAUUUUUGCAUUGAACCUUCCUACUAGUUCAAGACAAUAUAUUUCUGGGUCUUUUUUGAAGUUUUUCUAGUUUUCUAGUUCAAAUGAUUUAGAAAAUCUUUUUUCAGAAAGAAACACCAUUUUGAAUAUAAUUAGAAAGAUUCUGAGGACACCUGGAUUGGAACAAAGAUGUGUAGUAGAUUUUCAAUAAAGUCCUAGAAAAAAUGUAAAAUUCGAAUAUACUGGCCAUGGUCUCAGUUCGCAGUGGGACUUCUGGAUAAGACCAUGUUUUCUAGAUGUAGUUUUUUACACUGAUUCCAAAUCCGGUCUCAAAAAAAGCUGCAAAAGCCUGUGAAAAAAGUUAGGGACCCUCAAAAGUCGAAAAUUUCAGUGUCUCCGAUUGAACUUAUUUUUAGAGGGUUUGUAAAUCUUGUCCCUCUAGUCAUAAAAAUCAUUAAAGUUUUCUCAGAGAUUAAUUUGGAUCUGGGCUUUUUUUGAGAAAACUAUAAUGGUUUUUUUGUGACCGGAGAGACCACAUUCCCUCCAAAAAUGAGUUCAAUCGGAAAAACUGAAAUUUCCAACCUUUGAGAGUCCCUAACUUUUUCAGAGACGUAUUGGGCUAUUUUUGGGAUCAGAUUUGAAAUCAGCGUGAAAAACUACAUCUAGAAAACGUGGUCUCAUUCAAAAAUCCUACUGCGACCCUUAAAAGAAAAAUCCCAAAAGUCUUCAAUUUUGAAAGAAUAUUUCUUCUGACACAAAAAAAUAGUGAAAAAAUCUUUUUUGAGUUCGAUCUUACGUUGAAGAUGAGGCCGACUUAAGCCAACUCUAUCGACAGACAGGCCAGAAGAUCGCCUUGGAGGUCCAGAGAAUGGCUUUCAGGACUGUGUUAGUUUUCAUUUUUUUUUCCCCCCUCUUUUUUGAACAGAGUAAGAACUACAUUUUUUACUUCAAUCUGAACUUUUCCAUCGUUUUCAAAGUUUAGUUAAGAGCCUGAAGAGGUUAACGGAUUUCUAGUGAUACAAAAACCUGAGAAUAUUUUCCCCAAUUUCCAUUCAAACUUCAUUCAUCCUAAAUUUAUACCCUGAACUUUCAAAACAGAAAUAAUUUCAGAAGUAAGACAUGA